AUGAACUCUACAAUAUUGCAGGUUGAAGUAGUUUCUGAGUUUCUGAGCCGUGAAAUCCGGUUGAAAACCAUUAUAUUACCUGAGACGCUUCUCUUGCUCCAUAUACCGUAG